AUGGCCUCCGUCGCAGCCUUUGUGGUGACCCCCAGCGCCCUGCGCACCGUGGCCCCGGCCACCCUUGUCUCCGCGCCGCAGCGUGCGCCCGGUCAGCACGGUGCUGUGCACCUGCCUGCAGCAGCGGCGGCCGCGGGUGCCGUGGCUGGGCUGGUGGGUGGCUUCAAGCGAAAGGCGCAGCGCAAGAGCCGUGCCGUGGUGUCUAUGGCCGCCCGUGGUGGUGAGAGCUAUGAUGCUUUGGUCAAGGACUUGGAGGAGCUGGUGAAGACCAAACAGUGUGGUCCCAUCUUGGUCCGUUUGUCUUGGCACGACGCGGGGGUCUUUUCGGAUGGCAAGCUGAAGGGAGGCUGCCCCAACGCGGUCAUGCGAUUCACAGAUGCAGGCGAGGGCACCUUCGGGGCCAAUGCGGGGCUUCCGGAUGUGGCUGUGGGCCUGCUGAAGCCCAUCAGCGACAAAUACGUCCCGGACACCAUCAGCCAUGCUGACCUCUGGGUGCUGGCGGCCAAUGUGGCUAUCAAGGUCAUGGGCGGUCCGGACAUCAAGACGCGCUUCGGGCGCAAGGAUGCCAAGGACUCCAGCGAGUCGGUCGAAUCGCAGGUGGGCCGUCUCCCCGACGGAGACAAGGGCAUCGACCAUCUCCGCGAGAUCUUCCAUCCCAAGGGCUUCGAUGACAAAGACAUUGUGGCCCUCUCUGGUGCCCACACUGUGGGAAAGUGCAACCUGGAUCGCAGUGGCUUCGAUGGACCCUGGACGGAGGAACCUUUGAAGUUCGACAACACUUACUUCAAGGAAAUGUUGGAGAAGGAGUACAAAGAAGAAACCACCGAGAAGGGAAAUCCUCAGUUCAGGAGCGGCAGCGGCACCAUCAUGCUGAUCUCGGACUUGGCUCUGCUGAAGGAUCCGGCCUUCAAGGAGCAUGUGGAGACCUAUGCGAAGGAUCAGGAUGCCUACUUCAAGGACUUCACCAAGGCCUGGAUCAAGUUGCAGGAGAACGGUGUGCCGGAGCUCAGGGAUGCCCUGUGA